AUGCCUCUCAUCAAUGAACCAGUAGGCUUUGUAUCCGACAUCAAAUCCCGACUGGCAUUUCAGUUGUUGCGCGAGGAUCCGGACGCUCGUUUGAUUCUUCAUAUGCACGGCGCUGGGGGAACCGUCGCCUCUGGUUAUCGGGUCCCAAACUAUCGUGCCCUUUCAGCAGGCAAUCCCGAGAAAAUUCAUAUUCUUACAUUUGACUACAGAGGAUUUGGCAAGAGUACCGGGACACCAUCUGAGACUGGGCUUAUAACCGAUGCCCUUGCCGUGGUGGACUGGGCAAUGAAUGUUGCACGCAUCCCUCCGUCUCGGAUCUUGAUAUUUGGUCAAUCUAUGGGCACAGCUGUGAGCAUUACUAUGUCCAAGCAUCUUGCUGUACAGACUCCACCCAUAGUCUUUGCAGGCACUGUCCUAGUUGCGCCAUUUGUGGACGUGGCGACAUUAGUCUCAACAUAUCGAGUCGCGGGUACCGUGCCAAUCUUGUCACCAGUUGCGAGGUUCCCUUUGCUCUUCAAUUAUCUUCAGAGAUUUAUUCGAGACAAAUGGCUGAGCAAGGAUUCUAUUGCGCAAUAUGUCCAGGCUAACGAGCUAACCGGAGAAAAAUACCGAAUAACAAUUAUCCAUGCCGAGGAUGACUAUGACAUUCCAUGGCACCAUUCUCAACAUGUGUUUUGGCAUGCGGUCAAUGCUUCAAUGCCGGCGGGGAUCAGUUAUGACGACCUUGAACAAAAGAAGCUCGAUUCGAAAGUAGAUAUGGGAGCUUCCGGGUCCAUGAUGGAGUUAAAAACGGACAACGCGCGCGCACCCCCCUACAUUCAGCACGCGCCCCGAUUCGUCCUACUUUUUAUCCUCGUACUUCCCAUCGAGGGACCCGAAAGAAAAGCUUCUAUCUCCAUCAUUAGUGUCUUGAAUGCCUUCAUUAUGGCCAUGCAAUAUCUCAGCCAAAUUAAGAACCUGCGGCGUUCGUCGCAAGUGACCAGCGCUCCAAAGCCUAUACUGACGGCGGAAGAUGAAGCCUACCUACGCGAAGUCACUGCCCAGCCGGAACUCGUGCCCAUUAAAACAAAAGAGAAAGAACAAGACCCAAACGAAAGCCCUGCUGGAGCGUAUCUGCAACCUGCAAUAAGCGAACAAGCCGAAAACAUCCCUCUACCUAUCUCGCCAGGGGAAGAGUUGGCAAAAGAGCUUCGCGAGAAGGGUAGACAAGAGCGGAAGAGCUCCCAGUUAAUAUUGACAAGAUCAGAGGCACCAAAGUCGGAAGUCUCAAAGCUCCCAUCGAAGAAGAAACGAUGGAGUGCCCUGUUUUGGAAGAAAAACACAGAGAAGGACAAUGAUACCCCCGAUGCAAACAAAUCGCAGACUGAAACGGCGAAAUCUCCGACCACAUCGGAGACAACAAAAAACGGAAAAGACGUAUACAAGGAUAAAGAUGCCGAGGACAUGACGGAUAUCCUUGAGCGAUUGAACCUGGCAGCGGACAACAACCGUGUAUUUUCGAUCAGUGAGGAGACACAAGAGCUUUUGCGCAAGUUCAAGCUCAUCUUAAAGGAUCUGAUCAACGGAGUCCCAACUGCCUAUCGUGAUUUGGAGAUGCUGCUGACAAACGGGAACCGCCAACUACAAGAAACCUACACGAAGCUGCCUGGUCCCAUGCAAAAGUUGAUUGAAAAACUCCCCGAGCGUUGGACCGAGACCCUGGCUCCGGAGAUGCUGGCGGUUGCUGCUGACCGCGCCAGCAAAAGUGGUGUCAACGUAGAGAACGUUGGCAAGGCCGCUGCGGCUGCAGAGAAGAUAGGAGUCAACAUUCCAAAUCUAAAGGAACUCGUGUCGAAGCCAGCUGCUCUUGUGGGCAUGCUGCGAUCCAUCAUGACAUUUCUGCGAGCUCGAUUCCCUGCUGUUAUGGGCAUGAAUGUGCUCUGGUCCUUGGCAAUGUUCAUUCUCCUGUUUGUACUAUGGUAUUGCCACAAGCGCGGGCGGGAAGUUCGUUUGGAGAAUGAGCGUCUGGUGACGGAAGAAGAGAUCACCAGGCUUAACCAGGAUACCUCUGAGGGUCUAAUUCGCCCUACUGAGACUUUGACGACUACCGCCCUACCGGGCGCUACGUCUGAUGAAAUACGUAAAGGCGUUAGGAAGGUAGAGGAGGCCCGCGUCGCUCCUUUCGAGCCUGCUGUCCCCACCGAAGUGGGGAGUGAAAGCCAAAAAAAGGAAACUCUCUGCCUUAUUGCAGAAGGUCUGGAUCACCAGCGUGAUCGCUAUCCCCUAGUUCUGUCAUGUCGUCGCCUGUACACAGUUCUUCUCCCAACUCUCUACUCCCGGGUUAUUCUUGGUGACGUUAGCAAGCAUACCAUCGGCCAAUUCAGUGGAUUUUUCAACGCAAUCGCCCGACGGCCGCAGUUGGCGAGCGCUGUGCGAGCUUUACGCUUGGAGAAUUGGGAUACCGAGGAUAGCACUGAGGACAUCGACUGCGAAUUCGAGUAUGAUGGAGAGCUUAUUGACGGGCUUGUCGCUGAACACGUCGAGGGCAUGUUCGCGAAGGUUGCCAAAGAGAAUAUCACAGCAUUUACUCGCCUCACUGAAGCUUUCGCGGAACGGUUUGACACGGAAAACUCCAUACAUGCAAGCUGCAUGGAGCCGUUCUUCAAAUUCCCGGCGAUGCGCAGGAUUGGAGGAUCCUACAUCCUCGACUCCAAUCGUGAAGAGGGAAACCCCCGCAUUGCACCUUUCUCUGGAGUCACAGAUAUUGACCUUGACAUGACCAACACCGAGUGUGGAUUCGGUGUCUGGAUUGAAUCUUGCAAGGCUCUCAAGACUUUCCGGUUGAAUGUUGGCGGAGAGAUGAUCUCCGACGGUCCUGAUCUUGUAUCUGCUCCCCUUAGAGAAUCGAUAUCCCUUCACAAGUCAUCACUGGAGGCGUUUUGGCUCUGUGGCGAAUCGUAUCAGCCUCCAGAAGACGACGACGGAUGGAUGGGAUCGUUUGCCGAUUUCGACAUGAUGAAAUAUCUACAUAUUUCUAUAUCAAUGCUUGCCAAACUUAACGACGACUUGGAGCCCACACAAGAGAUCGCAUCACUUUUGCCGCCGUCUCUUGAGACUUUGUAUCUAUGUCAUUGCCACAACGAGCUCCUCGAAUGGGCUGUCGAUCAAAUCGAACGCUUGCUAGAUUCGAAUUGUCUGCCACGUCUUACUUCCUUGGGGCUUGAGGAUUAUGGACCUCCAGAGGUCCAUCAGAGUUCCUUGAAGAUUAUGCACAAACUGAAGGAGUUGAACAAAAGAUGUGCAGAUGCUGGCGUAUUCUUUGCUACUUCGAUUGGAAGUCACAGAAUGGUCCCCAGCCAUUUUGUAUCUCUUUGGCCUUGCUCUUAA